CCACCUCCUUAUAAUUCCCCCUCCCCUCCCCUCCAAAAUCAGCGAUUCAGCAUCCUCAUCUACGAAAUCCCACGUUGUCUCAUCCAAGCAAAGAAGAUCCUCGAAUCGAAGACCGGCACAUGAAACCUCAGUUAACAGCCAGUAAAGAACCACGGUUGCCCAAAAUAUUCCCUUUCUUUGCUGCUUCGAGACGGAAUUGCGGAUUAGGUUCUCUCCUCCUUGAUUCCUAGUCUUGGCCCUUCAAGAUUUUCACUCCUCUUCUGAAGCAAGCAUCACCUCUGGCAGCAUUAUUUUUCUCUUACAAAUUCUACAAAUUUCUCCCUAAUUUCAUUCCCCUUCUGAAACAAGCAUUGUUACCGAACUGUCUGUCCGUUGAAAGCAUUGUUACCGAACUAAACUGGAGGGCGCUGAUAGAAUUGCAAAAGCAUCUGACUAAACUUCUAGAUGCUUUAUUGACAUAAAAGCAUUGUAUAAUAAGUGCUGCAUGCCCUUUAUCAACCACAUUCCAUUGUUUGGAAACUUAAGUAGUAGUAAACUUUGAAUUCUGGUGAUGACUUGGAAGGAUAUUUUAUUUUCAUUAAUUUUCCUUCUCACCCUGGCGGAGUCGUCAGGCAGAUCAAUGGAUAUGUGGUUAAUUAACUUGGGUUCGGAGCCGACGUUGCUGUACAGCUGGACGAUCUGCAGCGCAAGCAUAUUUGUAUUUGUGGCUCUUGUUCUUUCCAUGUAUCUUAUCUUUGAGCAUUUAGCAGCCUACAAUCAACCUGAGGAGCAGAAAUUUUUAAUUGGACUCAUCCUGAUGGUUCCUGUUUAUGCACUGGAAUCGUUUUUGUCACUAUUGUAUUCAAGUGCUGCAUUCAACUAUGAAGUGAUCCGGGACUGUUAUGAAGCUUUGGCAUUAUAUUGCUUUGAGAGAUAUCUCAUAGCGUGCUUAGGUGGCGAGGCAAAUACAAUUGAAUACAUGGAAAGUCAAAGCCUUGUGACUACCAGCAUACCUCUUCUUGAAGAAUCUUACGCUUAUGGAGUUGUAGAACAUCCUUUCCCUCUGAAUUGUUUGCUAAGGGACUGGCAUCUUGGUUCGGACUUCUAUCAAGCUGUUAAAAUUGGCAUUGUGCAGUAUAUGAUUCUGAAGAUGAUCUGUGCUGUGCUAGCUAUGGUCUUUGAAUCCUUUGGGGUUUAUGGUGAAGGACAAUUCAAGUGGAAAUUUGCAUAUCCUUACUUGGCAGUUGUUCUGAAUUUUAGUCAGACCUGGGCCUUAUAUUGUCUUGUACAGUUCUAUUCUGUCACCAAAAGUAAGUUGGCGCCUAUAAAACCCUUGGCCAAGUUCUUGACAUUCAAGUCGAUUAUAUUCUUGACAUGGUGGCAAGGUGUGGCAGUUGCUUUUCUUUUCUCAAUGGGAGUCUUCAGAGGGGCAUUGGCUCAGGAGUUGAAAACACGUAUACAAGACUAUAUCAUAUGCAUCGAGAUGGGCGUUGCUGCUGUAGUCCACCUAUAUGUUUUUCCAGCAGUACCUUACAAGCGUGGAGAAAGAUGUGUGCGUAAUGUUGCUGUGAUGACUGAUUAUGCAUCCUUAGGCACACCCCCAGAUCCAGAAGAAGUUCAAGAUUGUGAGAGAUCCACUAGAAUAAGCCUUGCUCGUCAUGUUGAGAGAGAGAAGCGUUUGAAUUUCCCCCAGAGUGUUCGUGACGUGGUCGUCGGAAGUGGUGAAAUAAUUGUAGAUGACAUGAAGUUCACGGUUUCACAUGUUGUCGAACCAGUUGAAAGGGGGAUUGCAACAAUAAACAAAACUUUUCAUCAAAUAUCAGAAAAUGUGAAACGGUUUGAGGAGCGAAGAAAGAACUCUAAGGAUGAUAGUUAUCUUAUCCCCUUGAAUACAUGGACAAAGGAAUUCUCUGAAGUACAUGAUAACCUUGUCGAAGGGUCUGUUAGUGACAGUGGUUUACCGGAGGGGAAGAGACCGCAUCACCACACCAAAGCUACAUCAUCUCGGUUUAGAUAAAGUUUCUCUUCUUUAGUCAAUACAGAAGUUAAAUAUAAGUUAGACUCUGAAUAGGGCUACCUGGUGAUUUCAAUAUUCUUUGGUAAGUAUGCUUGAUCUCUGUUCUUUCAUGGUUUGCCAUUUACUUUCGUAUAUAUGGCUGAGUACAUGAGAUAAUGCAGAAUUAUGUGUAGUUCUUUAUGGGAUGUUCCUUGUGUAGGCAUACUUCUAAGGAAUACCAGAACCCUUGAUGCAAUUCCACAGGGAAGAUGUGUGCAUAAUCUGAGAGCAGAAGCUUUGAUGUUGGCUUCUGAUUAUGGAUUUUGCUGCAGAGCCCGGAAAUAUACAGAAAAAUUGCUACUGAAGCAGGUAAUGGCUUUGACUU